AGUGAAUGAGAGAGAAAGAGAGAGAGAGAGAGUUUCAUUUGAAAGAAAACAAAAUAUUGAUAUUAUUAUACAAUUUCAUCAAAAUAUAAUAAUAAAAGUGUUAAUAAUGAUUAAAAAUAAUAUUAAUUUCUAUAAUUAUAAUUAUUAUUUUAAUUGUAAACUGUGUAACUUACCUGUGUUACCUUUUUGGUUCCAGUUUGUUUAUCAUCUAAAUUCUAAUUUAAUUGAUUAAUCAACAUCACUUGAUUUUACUUCUAUUCUCUCACUUUUUUCUAUUCCUCUCUCUCUCUUUUUCUCAGUUCCUCUUUCUCUGUCUCUUUCUUCAUCUCUUUCUGUGUUUCUCUCUCACUCUUUCCUUACAAUCUGUUUUUGUUGUGAGUGUUGUGAAUCUCUUCUUGCUGUUUAAUGGUGCUUUUCUAAUUAACUAACUGGUGGGUGAGAUGUCGUUGAUAGAUCUUUUCUAAUGUCCGAACGCCGAAACAUUAAUAACGAUCGCGAGAAAUUUAGACGUGCGGAGGAAUCUGAAUAUUUCGUAGAACUAGUAGGAAUACUUUCUGCUGAGAUGGGCACAGAUGAUGGUUGUACCAAGGCUAAUAUUCUGAACCGGACAUUCGAUGAGAUAAACAGCAUCCACUUGGCAAAUAAGAGGUAUCAAGCUCCCGAUAGCCACCAAGAUGCCAGCGUCUCCUCAUCGGCAUCUAUGUUGAGCCAUGAUUCAGUAAUUAGUCCUUGGAUCUUGGAUGCGCUUAACGGUUUCUUAUUUGUCGUUGAUCAAGGUGGCAAAAUUGAGUAUAUUACUCGUAAUGUUACUGCCUUCCUGCGUUACAAUGAACAAGAGCUUCGUGGUAAACCAAUCGAAAAUAUAAUCCAUGUUGGUGAUCGCUCUAAUUUCAAUUCCAAGUUGAUUGCAUUGAAAAGAGCAAGUACAAGUGGCUGUAGUACCAAUGCUAGUGGCAAUGGAGGCUCUGAUAUAUCAUCAUCCUCAGGUAAUUUCUCCUCAACAUCAUGCUCAAAUGAAAUUUCCCCUGGUAUGCUCAUCGCUGGUGCAAAAUCUUUUGGUGAAUUUUCAACGUCUGGAUCAGGAAAAAACAAAACUUUAAUCAUGAAUGCCCGUCUCUUAAUCAACCCCAGAUCAUCUAGUUAUGAUAAUGAUAAUAAUGAUGUAAUUAAUGAAGAAUAUGAUGACAAUAGUGACUCUGACAGUCCAUUUGUUUUAUCAUCUUUAACAAACAACAGCUCAACUAGAAAAAGUAAAUGUGAAAAUUCCGGUGCUAGUACCAGUAAUAAAUCAGUUUCUGGUGGCCCUUUAGUUAAAUUUUCUGACGCGGAUGCUGGUCGUUUAAGUGAACCAAGAUAUGCGAAUUUACAACUUUCUAUAUCAUUGUUACAAUCUCCGAGUUCUGAUCGGUUAAGUUUGUCCCCCAGUGGGAAUGAUUUCGUUGUCUUUUGUAUGGCUCGUCGAAUACCCGAAUCAUCACUAUCUGAACCUGUUGAACUAUUUUCUACCAAAUUGGACAUAAAUGGCAACAUAUUAUCAAUCGACACUAGUGAUGUCAGUUCAACAUACUCGCAAUACUUGAAUAGAGAUUUGAUAAACAAAUGUAUUCUAGAUUUGUGUCAUCCAGAUGAUCGCAAAUCUCUUGAAUGUCAUCUAAAAAACGUUCGCGAGGGAAAAGUCGAUCUGACAUCUCAAUAUAAGUUUCAAGUCACUAAGGAUAAAUAUUUAAUUGUACAGACAAGGUCAAAUCGAUGGGGCUCGGGAGAAGAUGUUUUCAUCACUUCACUCCAUUCAAUUAUAACGAGGGAAGAUGAAACUGCAUCUAUUAACUCGUGCCAACAACAAUCGUUUCAGCCACAAAAACAGUUACAACAAGUUUGUACAGUAACGGGUAUUUCUAAUUUGCUACAAGAUAAUUCUAUUGUUGUUGAAUCACCGGCAUCCUCUUUCAAUAGAGAUGUCACCAAGUCUAUGACUUCUAUUUCCGUACCUUUCCAGCCUUUGACACCUAUUAGUCCUUCUAGUAAUAUUGGAUCAUCAGAUUUCCCUAUUAAUGAUUGUCUCGGUCUUUCGAAAAUGUUUCCUUCAAUGUCAGAUUUUGACUCUAAUCCUGACACUGGUGAAGGAGGGCCCAGUUCUAAUAUCACAAUGACCGGCGUAAGAUCCAACGAUUUAACGUCCACGUCGCAAAAUUCCCAAGCAUCUUUAAACGUUUCGUCUCUAAUAUCACAUCCGAGUUUUGCUCCAUCAGUUUCUUCAUCUGCUUCUAAUCAUCUUAGUUCUGUAAAGCGCAAUAGUCCAAUUCCAGUUGUAACUCCAAGCUCUUCUACUUCAAGCCUGAAAAUGGGAAACUCAUUUUCAAAUGAAUUUCUCGCGCAGGGAACAAGUGAUCAAAGUAACUCUUCGGGAUCCCAAAACCAAAACCAAAACCAAAACCAAAAUCAAAAUCAACAACAAACUCAACAAUCGCAAUCAGGGCAGUCAUCACAGUCCCAACAAUCAUCUAUCAACUCUUUAUCACAGCCAUCACAAGGCUCAGGGCAAGGAUCUUUAGGUAUUGGUGUAGGUUCUGGCUCUGGUUCUGGGCAACAGCCCCAACAACCUCCUUCAUCAUCUCGUCAACCCUCACCAGCCCCUGGAUCAGUUCCAAUCCAACAAUUACAAAUGCCUAGUCCUGAGCAAACUGCUGCAACACCACAAGCUAUUCAAAGUCCUUCUGGUCCUGCUAGUACUCAGAAAUUAAGGAAUCUCUUGACACAAGGCUUAGAAGCCGAUUCGCCUGGGAACUCAGAUAUAAAUCAAUCGAAUUCAGGAAGUAAUGAUCUGUUACGAGAACUUCUUAAUGCAGAUGAAGAUGAAGAAAUUAGUGGAUCAUCUGGGAUUAACAGGUCAUCAUCUGUACAUCAUGGUGGUAAUUCAAGUUCCAAUAUGAUGGCUGGGACAUCAUCAGCUGCAACUAAUUCAUCUAAUCAACCAACUACACCUUUUGGUGGAAACACUUCAAAUGUAUUUUUCAAAACAAAUGCCCUUGGACUACUCGAUAAUUCAAAUAACAACAAUAUGCUCCGUAAAUUAUUGAACGAUGAUGAUAGUAAAUCAUAUAGACGUAAUCAAGAGCUAAUGGCACAUUUAUGGAAAGAGGAAGGUCAAUCUUCCUCUUCCAAUCAGAGCUCUGGUGUACCCACAAGUCUUUCUGAAUUAAUGUCUCCUUCUCCUGGUUCAGCUCAUCCCUCAUCUCGUCUCAGCGGAGGAUCUGAAUCCGCUAAAAGAAAAUCAAUUGAUGAACAUCAAUUUGAAAAUGAGACAAUCUCUGGUUCUCAGUCCCCAACUCCUGGUAAUUUCGGUGCUGUUUCAACCAAUAAAAGACCUGCAAUGGGAGGACUAUCGCCAGGGCCUCAAUAUAGUCAAACCGGUAAAUCACCGCUAACAGGAUUAUCUGGAGGAACCGUAGCGAGUUCAAGUCAAGGUAUUGGAAGCGUUAUUAGCAGUGCCUCAAGUAGUGUGUCAGGGGUCGGUCUCGGUGUGUCCAGUUCUAUUGGAAGUACAACUACAGCAAUAGCAGCAACAGGAGGGACCUGUGGCAGCACCAGUGGAGUAGUUGUCAGUCCUGGACAAUCUAGUGGACAACCAGCUCAAUUGGCUAUACAAAAUCCAAUGUUGACCUCAAUGUUAGCGCAAACGCCGAAAACCUUGCCAGCAACCCCAAUGUCUAUUCCAACCUCUAUUGUGUCUCAAGUGCCCCAAGAAAGACUUCCCAAAAAUUUGGAGAAAAAGUUAAUUCACACUCCAGCAAACCAAAUGAUUGGAAUAACAAGUUUAGCUACGUCUAUUUCUUCACCUAUUGUUGUUUCAUCUCAUGUUUCUUCAGGAGGACAGCAAGGAAUAGUUUCCAUUUCUAAUGCGCCGACUUCAAGUUUAUCUCAUGUAACGAUUAAACCUCGUCAACCGGCUCCUCCAUUACUUCCACUUCAACAACAACAUCAACAUCAACCACAACAGCCUCAGCCGCCACAACAACAACAACUUCAUUUACCUCAAACUAGCCAACAGGCUCAGGCAUUUGUUGUAUCAAAUAGCGGACAUCAAAACUUUAGAACCCUCCAUAGUCAAACUCAAGUUCAGAUUGUACAAACACCAUCAAGGUUUCCAGUUUUCCCGGAUAACCGAGCAACAGCACAACAAAUUCAACAGAUUACCAAUGUUCAACCAGGCCUUCACCAUCAACAAAUACCAAAUUUAGGUGGACAACCUUCAGUGAGUGGACAAAUUAAAGCUACUUUGUCUGGAUCUACCCAAUCACAACAAUCAUUACCACAAGUUUCACCUCAGUCAUCAAACAUACAGUCUCACGUGGCAUUUAUAGACUCAAUAUCUUCAACAACUAGCUCAUCAGCCAGUAGUUCAUCCAAUCUGGCUUCAUCCAGUCUUUUAGCUGCACCACAAGAUCCACAGGACCCAUUGCUGUCCGAAAUAUUGGAUCAAGUAUGGAGUUUGCAGCAAGAAAUGAACAUAGAGUCAACUCAAGGUACCAUUACUGCUACAGCUCAUUCCACAACAGAUGAUAUGUUGAAUAUGAUGUUUGAAGAGGCCCUUGACCCUUCUCCUUCCUCUAACGUUGCUGUUCCCACGGCCAUUAAUCUACCCAUAGUCUCUGGUGGCAUUAGUGGUCCAGGUCUUGCCUCUUCGCCGCCAGAUUUAAAUGAAAUGAAAGCCAUUUCAGAGAUCCAAAGGCAACUGAUGAGUUGUGAAUCUUCACCGUCCCAACCACAAGGCCAUCCCGGUACAAUGCCGGCUUCAAGUAGACCACAGGUAUUCGCUCAUCGAACGGGUCCUCUUCCUUCACCUUCAUUACAGCAGCAACCUAAUUUUUCAAAUAGCCCCGCUUUUCAGUCUCCUUUAUGUCCGCCACCAGCUUAUGGAGUAACCAGUGUUCCUACAGCAACGCAAGGUUCCGUUCAUGGAGUUGCCGGACCACCUCAAGCAUCUCAACAAUUAAUUUUACAACAGUCAGGAGUUAGUGGAGGACCCGGAAUGAGAAGGUUUCCGGGUCCGCCUCAUCCCAACGGCAACCUCCAAUUUCCAACACAAAUAAUUCAACACCGAGCCUCUGAACAUCAUCAGUUUAAUGUAACUCCCGGAGUUGUUGGACCACCUUUACAACUUCAGCCUCGGGGAAAAGGGCCUAUCGACUCUAAAAAACAACGGCUCUUUCAAAACCAACAAGAAUAUGAAGUACAACGUUUAUUGGCUCAACAGACUCAACAAGAAUAUACUUUGAAUACACCUCAAACCGAUAAUAUUGAGAUGCCUCCCAAUGUUGCUCUACACAAUAAAGCAAGAAUGGGCCCAAUGACACCCGAAGCAGGCCAAUUAAGUCCUCGUUAUCCUAUUCUAAAUGUUGGUGCUUCUCCAGGAGGUGUUCAAGCUCAAAGUUCUUUACCUCAAUCUCCAGCUGGAGGUGGAAAUGGGCCACCAUCAUCUUCAGUUUCAACCUCACUUCAGUCAACCUUUACUAGUCCAUCCACAGGAGGGCCUUCAUCAACUUAUGGUCACUCAGUUCCCCAGCCUUCCCAUCGUAUGUCACCUCAUCCAUACAGCAAUGUACCUUCUCCUGCCGGUGGUCGUGGACCCAAUUCUCCGGCAACGCAUCUUCAACUAGCAUCUCCCCAACCCUCAUCAACAUCAUCCCCAGUCAGUGCUCCUCAUGGGUGGCCACCUCCGGUCUCUACCAGCAAUGUACCUGUUGCUGGUAGUGUUGGACCGAAUACCAUACGAACUUUAGGUCCAACAGGUUUACCUUCUAAUCGAAUUCAGCAACAAAAUCCAAUGCUUAAUGCUCAGCUUUCUCAGGGUACAUUUACGACAGCCACUGCUCAACCUAAUAUAAGGUGUAAUCCACAGCCAUCUCCAGCUACCCAGCGUUUGUGUAAUAGUCGAGGAUCUAUGGCCAGUCCAAGUCCGGGUCCUUUACACGCUGCCUCACGUAAUUCACCUAUUCCUCAAUAUCCAUCAAGUCCUGGAUUGUAUCAAUCUGAUCGACAAACUCCUGGUUCUUGUGUUGGCUCAUUAACUUCUCCGGCUACAAGUUCGGCUAUUGGUCAACCAAGAAUGUUAAAUCAGCCUUCUCGUAAUCAACAGCAACAACAAGUACCAGCAAGGCCUCAAAUGAUGACAGCUCGAGUCAAUUCACCAAGAUUUGCUAACAGGGGAGGAGUAGUUAGUGAUGACGGUAACGGUGGUCCAGGAACCAGUAUGGGCAGUCCUUAUAAUUAUCCUCAACCUAGUACCCCUAUUAUGGACUCGAAUAACCCUUCCGGUUUAACGCCAAAUCAAUUCAUUUUUGACAAUAGAUCUGUUUCUGGAGUGCAAACAUCAACUUCAAAUGCCUCCACAGUUUCAUCUGAUUUUGUAAGACAAGAGUUGCGAGCAAUGGUUGGAGCUCGCAGUCAACAAGCUCAGAUUCAACAGCAGCAACAACUACCCCAACAACAACAAGCUCAACAACCUCAAUCCCAUCAACAGCAACCUAAUCAACACUUGCACCAAUCUAGUUCUAUGACACCAUCUUCAUCUCAAUCAACAAGCAGUAACAUGCUCGGUGUUUCCUCAAGUAAUAACCCAUUUACUGCGGCUGAACUGGAACAGUUCAGUUUUUCAUUCGAUUGCUCUGAACUUGGAGUAGUGAGCAGUGGAACUAGUGUAACGAGUAACUGUGGACCGGGAUCACCUUUGUUCAGUAAUAUGUUUGACAGCGGGUCUCAGGUUUCAUCACCUUUAACCUCAAGCUCUUCAACAGCCCAAGGAUCCAUGACAUUUGGUUCUAGUGAUAAUAACAGUGGAAGUGAUCAAAAGAGAAGCCUUUUACAAGAACUUCUAUCAUCGCCUCCAUAGAAACUUUAUAUAUAUUAUACAUUAUAUAUAUAUAAAUAUUAUAUAUAUUGCUUAAUUAAAUACACAUACACGCGCAUAAAUACAUAAAAGCCACACACACACACCACACAAACACCACAACCACCACCAAACAUAUACAUAAAAUGAAUUAAACAAUUGUUGUUAUAAAGACAUUAGCUUAACAAAAAGACAUAACAAAAUAUUCACCAAGUCGCCGUGAGGAUAAAAUGAUAAAUUUAAUAGAAUUAAUUUUCUUGUUUCAACUUUGACAAAAAUUACUAAAAAAACGUAAAAAAAGAGAUGACAAAUUUAUUGGAACAUUGUGAUGAUGAAUUCGAGUUGUGUUUUCUUUUGUGAAAGAUAAAGAAAAAAACAAUUAAUUAAUUAUAAUUAAUAGCAAAGAAACAAUAACGAUCAUUUUGAUGCCACCCGUUAAACUAUUUCAAAUUGUAAUAAAGAAACUUGGUAAACAAAAAGAAACGAUUACUGAGAUAUAAAAUUAUAAGAUAUAACAAAAGCAAAUCUAUAUUAUUAUACCACAUUAUACAUCCUAUAAAUAUACAUUAUUAUUAUUAUUCAUUAUUAUUACAUUAUUAUUAAAAACGUGUUUCCACCAAGA